AUGUACGUGGGUGGCGUGCCACUGUACCCUUCGCUGCCGACGGGUGACGGACCGCAGUCCAAGGGCAUGUGGCAAUGCGGCGCCCUGCCGCUCAUGCCUCUGUGGCAGCAACCGCCCGUCAACAGAGGCACUGCCAGCGGACAGGAGGCGACCAAAGCGGACGCCAAGACACCGGGAGCCCCGACGGGGGCCGCCACCGAAAAGCACUCCGACGACGCGCUAAGGAAGCCCCUCCAAGAGGGGACGGACAAGACGAGCGGUCCGGCGACCAUUACGGGCCUCGGCGACGGCUACGCUAACGGCAGACGGGGCAGCGGUGGUGCCAAUGGCGGCACUGAAAUGGAGGGUUGCUCGAUGCGACCCUUCAAACCGUACUCGACGGGGUUCGGCAGCGGUCCCACAGCCGGAAGCGCAAAGUCGGAUGCGGACGACCGGCGCCACAGCCAGAGCACCGAGAAAGACAUGCACCAGGACGCUCCGUGUCGCUCUCCGUUCGAGUCAUCUUUCUUCGAGAAGUCCGAGAACUCGGAAAGCCAGUUCUCUUCCGAGAAGUCUUCUGAGGACACGGACUCCGAGAUGAAGGACCGCCGACGCAAGCAGCCCUCCCGGGCUGUGCUGCGCGAGCCGCACUGGACCGAGGGCGUAUCGCUGACGGCGGAACUGGUCUACCGGUACCAAAUGCGGGCGACCGACGCGGCUGACGUGCUGCGGGGGGACAGGGACAAGCUGCAGCGGAUGCAGCAGCCGAGGUUGGUCAACGAGCAACUGUCCGUGCUGCAGCUCGAGUUGGAAGACGCGCUCGACGGCGAGCCCGCUGCAGAGGACGAGCCCAUGAGAGGGGGUGCCAAGGCCCGCUCACCCUCCGCGGGACUCGGGUCGUCCAAGUCCGCGACGCUUCCAGACGCCACAGCAGAAGCCGCGGAAACGCGGGCAUGUGCCAUGUACGCCAUGGAAGAGGACGACCUCACGCAAGAGAUGGCAGCGAAGGAAGAACGCCUUCUCUCCUCAUACGACCCUGACUUCGCUCUCGCCGACUCCGACGCUGAAUUUUGAUUGGUAAUCAUCGCGUUUCUCUCUCUC